CCCAACCAUAGAGAGAGAAGAAACACACCAAAGUGAAGAAGUCAGUUUUAAAUCUAAUCCAAUUUAGAAUAACAAUCAUCAACCAUGGUUGCAAGAAGAAGUGAGAAUCUUGAUCGGACGGUGGAAAAUACGGCGGAGAAACUUGAUCGGACUGUGGAAGAUACGGCGGCGUAUAAAGAGACACUUGAGAGGACGGUGGAAGAUAAGGCGGCGAACUGUCUGAUGCUGUUAUCAAGAAUUGGAGAAAACGGCGGCGGAGGAGGAGGCCGAGAGAGUCGCCGUGUCUACAGGUGCAAAACUUGUAUGAAAGAGUUCUCGUCGUUUCAAUCGCUAGGAGGCCAUCGCGCGAGCCACAAUAAACACGCUAACAACAGCAGCAGCGACGAACAGUCGUCGCUUUCUUCUGGAUCCGUCGCUAAGAAGAAGAAGACCACCACGAACACAACAAGCAGGCAUAUUUGUCCGAUAUGUGGCGUGGAGUUUCCGAUGGGACAGGCUCUCGGUGGUCACAUGAGGAAGCAUAGGAACGAAGAGGAGGCUAGCGGCGCGUUGGUUACACGGUCUUUUUUUCCUGAGGCGACGACUACGACGAUGAUUACGACAUUGAAGAAAUCGAGCAGUGGGAAAAGAGUUGCGUGUUUUGACUUUGGGCCAGCAGAUUCUGUGGAGAGUGGGAUCAAUUUGGAGUUGGAGUUGGGAAUAAACAUGUACUGAUGUUCUCGUAUUCUCUGAAUAUAGUCUAUGAUACUCUUAUUUUUUUAGUUUUCUAGGGUUAAGAAGCCUAGCAUCUUGAUUUUGCAUAGAGUUGUAUAUGAGAUAUGAUUUUACAUGAAAACUCGUCAAGGGUUGAGAUAUGAAUGUUGCAUCAGUUUUCAAAA